CCUGCCCUCCGCGGCCUCGCGCCCGCCGCCGCCGCCGCCGCCGCCGCCGCUGGACAGCCACUGCCGGACAAGCCUCCGGAGGAUGCGACGCAGUGCAGCUCAGGACGAGGUUUGACAUUGACGACGAAACGGUAUGAAAUCGGAUGUUCUGACAGGAAUCAUUUCCAGUGUUCUAAGAACCAAAGCAUCUAGGCUGGAUGGAAUUUAGCAUCAGAAAAAGCCCUCUUUCUGUUCAGAAAGUUGUAAAGUGCAUGAAGAUGAAGCAGGCACCAGAAAUCCUUGGCAAUGCAAAUGGGAAGACUCAGAACUGUGAAGUGAAUCAUGAAUGUUCUGUAUUCCUCAGCAAAGCUCAACUUUCUAACAGCCUACAAGAGGGGGUCAUGCAGAAAUUUAAUGGCCAUGAUGCACUCCCCUUUCUUCCGGCAGAGAAGUUGAAAGAUCUUACUUCCCGAGUGUUUAAUGGAGAACCUGGUGCUCAUGAUGCUAAAUUGUGUUUUGAAUCCCAGGAAGUGAAAGGAAUUGGGACACCACCCAAUACUACUCCUAUUAAAAAUGGCUCUCCAGAAAUUAAACUGAAAAUCACAAAAACAUAUAUGAAUGGGAAACCUCUCUUUGAAUCUUCAAUUUGUGGUGACAGUGCUGCUGAUGUGUCUCAGUCAGAAGAAAAUGGACAAAAAUCGGAUAAUAAGACUAGGAGGAACAGGAAGAGGAGCAUAAAAUAUGACUCUUUACUGGAGCAGGGCCUUGUGGAAGCAGCUUUAGUGUCCAAGAUCUCAAGUCCUGCAGAUAAAAAGAUUCCAGUUAAGAAGGAGUCCUGUUCAAAUACUGGCAGAGACAGAGACCUCUUGUUGAAAUACAACGUGGGUGAUUUGGUGUGGUCCAAAGUGUCAGGUUACCCUUGGUGGCCUUGCAUGGUUUCUGCUGAUCCACUCCUUCACAACCACACCAAGCUUAAAGGUCAGAAAAAAAGUGCACGCCAGUAUCAUGUACAGUUCUUUGGUGAUGCCCCAGAAAGAGCUUGGAUAUUUGAGAAGAGCCUUGUUGCUUUUGAAGGAGAAGAACAAUUUGAAAAAUUAUGCCAAGAAAGUGCCAAGCAGGCACCCACAAAAGCUGAGAAAAUCAAGUUGUUAAAGCCUAUUUCAGGGAGAUUGAGAGCCCAGUGGGAAAUGGGCAUUGUUCAAGCAGAGGAAGCUGCUAGCAUGUCGGUGGAGGAUCGGAAAGCCAAAUUCACCUUCCUCUAUGUGGGGGACCAGCUACACCUCAACCCUCAAGUGGCUAAGGAGGCUGGCAUUGUUACAGAACCUUUGGGAGAAAUGGUAGACUCUUCAGGGGUCAGUGAAGAAGCUUCUGCAGACCCUGCAUCUAUGAAAGACGAGGAUAUUCCCAUGAAGAGAAGGCGAAGAACCAAAAGGUCUAGUUCUGCUGAGAACCAAGAGAGUGACCUUAGCACAGAAAAGAGUGCCCCUCCAAAGAUCGCAGAGGCUGAACCUAAGAGAGGAGUAGGAUCUCCUCCUGGGAGGAAGAAAUCCACAGCUUCUGCUCCACGGAGCAGGAAGGGAGACUCAGCAUCCCAGUUUUUAGUCUUCUGUCAAAAACACAGGGAUGAGGUUGUAGCUGAACAUCCAGAUGUCUCAGGCGAGGAGAUUGAAGAAUUACUUGGAUCCCAGUGGAACAUGCUCAAUGAAAAACAGAAAGCACGAUAUAAUACAAAGUUUUCCCUAAUUACCUCUGCCCAGUCUGAAGAAGAUUCAGGUAAUAUAAACGGGAAAAAAAGAAACCACACAAAGAGGACAGAUGACCCUCCAGAAGAUGUUGAUGUUGAAGAUGCACCCCGGAAAAGACUUAGGACAGAUAAGCACAGUCUUCGGAAGAGAGAGACAAUCACCGACAAAACGGCCAGAACAAGCUCAUACAAGGCCAUAGAGGCAGCCUCCUCGCUCAAGAGCCAGGCAGCAACGAAAAAUCUUUCUGAUGCUUGCAAACCACUGAAGAAGCGAAAUCGGGCUUCUGCAACUGCAUCUUCAGCACUUGGGUUUAGCAAAAGUUCAUCUCCUUCUGCAUCCUUAACUGAAAAUGAGCUUUUAUGGGAGCCCACAUCAGUCAAGUUGGACUUGAAUUCAGCCGCCCUGUACUGCACUUAGAAUGAUGUAAUAUCCCAAGAUGUCUGCUGCAGGUGGUGCAUCAUCGUAUACACUAAGUGACAUUUCUAUCACAAUCAUUUUAUGGAAGAUGUGUGAUAAUCUGUUUUUACUGGUAUUAAUAAACACAUACAAUGAAGAAAACAGAUAACAAAUUUUAAGACCAAGGUAAGAUACCCAAUCAAGGCCAUUUAAUCAAUCACAUUCAUCUCAUAAUAGAAACACAUUCAUAUUCUAAAGAUCAAUCUGAAGUUCAAGUUGAGGAGGAGGCCCUCCAAUUGAGGCUAUCCCAGAGCUAUGACAAUGGCAUCAUAUUGAAGAGGUUAUCCUGUUAAUGCUCAUUUUUUUCCUCUAAUUCAUAAUUUACUGAAUUUUUAAGGAAAAAUGUCAGCAUCUGUUCACUAUCAAUAUGAAAGAACAAGCAGGACACAUUAAGGGGUCCUUUGUCAACUAUUUUCAUUGCCAAUGAAAUGUAUUCAGUAUUGUAGAUAUUAAACCAGUUUCCCACAUAAAAGGCAGGAGGAGUUUUGAUUCUGUCCUUUUUUACUUGACAGUUUUACUAUGACACUAGACACAGUAGAUUUUUAGGGAAAAAUGCCAUUUACAGUAUCAUUGUGAACCAUUCAACUAUUGAUCCAGUCACUGAUAACUAGAAGACACCAUAAUCAGGUUAUUUACAACAACCACAUCAUCAGUUGCUUUUGUAGAACAUCAGCAUCAUGUUUUAAAUGUUGUGGUUCUGGAUGCCCAUCUGGGGCAUACCCAGGUGCCCGCAUGUUUGCAUGGGAGGAAAGGCUCCACUUGCCCUCAGCUCAAGAAGCAGAGCUUGUGCUGUACACGGGGUGUGUGAGCGGUGCCCAGGCCGUUGCACACAGACACCUCAGUGUUGGACCUGUGAUGAAAGUUUCUGAGAAAUACUUUUGUUCCAAACCAUUAAGUAAUGUAACGCAUGUAAAACACGUAGCGUGCCUGGCACCUUACAAGGACUCAGUGGUUCACUAUUGUGACAGUAAUGGUUAUUACAAUAAAAUAAUAAAAUCACCACCAUUCCAUUUUUAUCCAAAAGUAUAAAUUUUUCUUUGGCAUGAAAAAUGAUCCUCUUGACUGCAUCAUGCAUGUGUGGAUAAAAUAAAUCCAGGAGUAGCAGAACCCUAGCUCUGUUUGUGUGACACAGUAGGGUAUUAGACUGUGAAGUUGUGGUCUGGUAGGUCACUCAGCUGGCUCUGCUCAAAUGUACUUAGAGACAUGACCUCAGAGAAUACCUAAUGUGAGCAUUCUAAGUUGUACUGUUCUUAAAGGACAUGAAAGAUCUCAGGUAAAUUAAAUUUUUUUAAAUAUAAAUCACAAACUUAAAAAGUAUGAAGAAACAGGAUGAUGUAGAAAUGGCCCUGGUUCAAGAAGUGAUUUCUCAAAAGUACAGACACGACACUGAUAAGGUCUUGGGCAGAAAUGAAGGUAUUUCAUUUGAAAUUAGAGCAUGAUGAAUUUUGAGUGGGUGCCCUGGAAGCAGCUAUGUGCAGAUACAGCAGGAAUCAGUCAGAGGACACGUACUUUGCUCUGUACUGGGGAGUGAGGACUUCAGAACUAAUGGCGAUGUCUGCAGUGUGGGCACAAUUAGUACCUGCUGAAUUCAGAGAGUAUGAGGUGAGCACGGGUGGGGAUCAUGGAAUAUUCUUCAACCAGGGGCAGGGUUCUUAGCAUGCUGCAGUGAGAAUGGAGUGACAGUCCUCCAUAUAGGGUUUCCUGCCCCAGAGACCAGCAGUCGUCUCACAGUAAAUAAGCAGAGGUCCAUGUCAGCUCUUGGCUGACCUCUCCUAAAAGAGGUGACUCUUAAUCAAGGAGGAAUAACUUGUCUGCUGAGAGUACAAAAAUAUGUGACAAAUUUGUUACACUAUAGAUUUAACAUGGAAUUCCUUCAUUUUUUAUAAAAAUGUCAAAAAAGCAAUGCUACCUCUCUAGCCUUAGGUCUUGUGAACUGCCCACUGUUGAGUUUUGCUUCUGCCAUACAGAGAAUUGAUACCAUUUGAUCCUGUUUGGCUUCCUUCAAACCAUUGUUUGUAUAUGAUGUUUGCCUGGGAAGGGGAGGUAGCUUUUGGUAUAAAACUCUUGAUUCAAAAGAGAUGAAGACUUGAGUGAAUGUACAAAGGUUUGGAUUGUAGCUGUUCUAACAGUGCAAGUUGUCUGUUGCACAGAGCAGCACACCAGGGAGUACAUGUGCUGGAUAGAGGCCUGUGCCUAGUAGCCAGGUCCUUCAGGUGCUCCUCAGUUAGCCCCUCUGCUCCAGACAGACUUCUGCCUUCCUGGCAGCUUUUCCUCAGAUGAAAAGUGAAUGUUGUCCUUUGGUCACAAUGCCUUUAAGUGUAGUUGUAGCUCAAAACUUUCUUUAGUAUCCAUAUCUAUUUACAUCUGUGUUUCCCAACACAAAACAACUCCAAUGUUUCUAAGAGGAUGUCCUGAAAACCAACCAGAAAUCUAAGCUUGACAAAGAAGUAAAAUAUCAUAGGAUCUAAGAGGAAAGGAUCCCUGCUUCAUGGGUGAGGGCAUCCAUUCCAUCCACUGCCUCUAAAGAGUCGUAGAACAGCCUGCUUCUGGCAUGGGUGGAGGGUUUCUUAAGUUGGUCUCUCAGCCAAGGUAUAUCUAAUUCUGGGAUUACUUGAGAUAGUUCAUGCAAAAGCACCAGAAAACUUAAAAACAGAGUUCUCUGGAGCUAGAAGGCAGAUGAGGGACAGGGCCUUUUCAUUAAUGAUAGAGCAUAUCACAAGAAUAGUAAGAAAAAAACAACAAAACCUCACCUGGCAACAACAUGUCUGUGACUCUAUGCACUCAUCCCAUGGUUGUGACUGGAGCCUGUAGGCUGGCUAGAUGAAUAGGUUACUGGUAACCUAUUAAGGUCUGUAACAGAAAUAGAGAAAUGCCAUAUAAAGAAGGAAAUAAAAACAUAAGUAAACAUCUCAUUUCUCAAACAAAAAUUGAUGCCUGUGUUUAUGUAAAAUUUAAAUGAUUAAAGAGUGCGCCUGAGAAAGGGUCUCUGCCUGGAGUGAGGGCCAGAACUGAAUUUUGUUCUGUCUAUCCUUCAGUAUUGGUGUGUAUUCUGUAUAAGCUCCUAGCUUACUCAGCCCACUUGAACAGAAAGAGGAACCCCUAGUGAGUGGUUCUUUGUUGGCCUCAGUUGCUUUAUAUGGGCCUGAGAAGCCCCAUGAGGUCAUGACUCCCUCUAGGAAAUGUUUGUCCAGUGGCAGGUGAACCAUAGGGUCAUUAACACUUAGUAAGUUUGCUUUCUUUCUCUGUCACUGAUUCUAAGGUACCAUAUGUCUUACACACAUUCAAACAUAUAGGUUGCUUGAAGGGUCCUUCGGAAUGUUAAAUGUGCAGCACCUUAUUUUAUUGUCAAUAAGUCCAUUAUCCCAGGUUUUGAAAAUUUUAAUUACCAAGGACUGCUAUUUAUCUUUGAGGUUAUAAAAUCCAAAUUGUCUUUUGCUAGAGAAAAGUAGAAGGGCUUUCCUAACAGCUUUCAGAGCUUUUAGUGCUUCUUACUGAUGCUGACUUAGAAAGCUUUUUGGGUUUUAUUUUUGUUUUAAGAAACAUCAAUUCCUGUAUAUCUUAGCAUUUUUGGUGAUUGAAAUUGACUUUGUUCCUUUUAGGUACUGUUUUUAUUGCUAGAAUAUUAGGAUUCUUUUCACUAACUUUCCUGCCAGUGAUGGAAAAUGGCCAUCCUUAGUACACAGAAUAGUGUAUUUGCAUUUUCCUUGUACAGGAAGGGUAAGGGACAUACUCUCUGGGGCUUAACUAGCAAGGGUGUCCAUCCAGCACCCUGACAUUUUGUCAGAGUCCUGUGUGUACAUCCACAUUUAUAAUUUUUCUCUAGCCCGUGUAGUUGUUCAGCUUUCAAUGUAAUAACCCUGGCAAUAUUUUGAACCUGCUAGUAUUCCAGGGGUGCUCUGCUUUACAAAAAACAACUGGGGUCAGGUGGAGUCCUAGUACAGGAAUAUUGCCAGUCAUAUGAGCUUAGAAGGCAGAUAGGCUGGUGGUUCUCAAGCCUUCCAGGUGAGGACACAUGGCCUGUUGCUGCAGCUGGCUGGACCAGGUCCCUGCACAGCCUAGACAUGGUUGAGUCAAUAGAACAUUUAGAGACCACUUAACCUUGGGUAAGGGCAGGCCUUUACGGGAGCAGUAACCAUGUGGCUGACUGGCUACAGCUCUCAGUCUUUGCUGUCCUCUUAGGCUAACUAUAUAGAAGCUGGCAUAGAUUGGAUGAAUCUGAAGCACAAUGACAUUCUGUGGACUAAAGGUUUUUUUGGUUUUUGAUUUUUUUUUCCUCUUUCAUGUUCUCAGUAACUCAUACCUGGCUUUAAAUUAAGAGUAGUUAGGAGAAUUCUAGUCUGUAUAAACUUUAAUAAAAAUUAUUUUGGAUUCUAGGAUUUUAGAAUGGUUGACUUAACUUCAAAUUGUCUUAAUUCCACUCUUAAUACUUCACUGUGAUGUUAACUGGAAGCCCUGCUUGAGAUCAGUCUUUUUAUUUUAGACCAUUAUAUCUGCUGAGCACAGGAUUCUUACUAUUUGUAAAACUAAAAGUCUGUGAACACACUUCUACGCUUCUUCCUUUAUGAAAGCAUAACUUAAACAUGAAAAUAAUGUUGGUUAUAGAGAUAUUUAUUGUUCAAGGUCUGUAAUUGUAUUUUAAAAUGAUGUAGUAUUCAAUUUGUGAAGGGAAUUGUUUUGUCAAAAAAAAAAUUAAAAACUCAAUGUGUAUCAGCCCACAGAAGGGCAGGGGUCUACUUUGUGGCCACAGUGGGGUAAACCCCAGUUACACUCAUUGAGCUUUCCUGAUGGCCACAUAGCUCCUGGUAGUGGGUUGGAAGAUGUCUACUGGGUCACAUGAUGUUUGGUAAUGCCAUCUUGAAAGUCCCUGUAAUAGAUGGAGACUACAUUUCCUGUCUGUGAAGGAAUGUGUGUCUAAGGCAGGUAGGCAACUCAGUACUGUCACUUACUGAGUAGAGAGUGGAGAAGUAUUUUCAGAUUCAAGAAAACUUUGGAAAGUCAGGAACUAAGCCGCUUGGAAAUCAGUACCACAAGCAUGACCUUGGUGGACACAGGAAGCCACAGGAAAAUUCUUGACAGUCUGUGUCCCAUCAGUCACUUCAUUUUUCUUUUUUCAAACACAUCCUGUUGGAUAUUGAAUAGAUCAUAGAUGUCGUAGACUGAGAUCUGGGACUGUGUUGGGACCAUACUGGUGAUAUGUCACUUCCACAAAUGGCAUCUCCAAGUAAGCUGUCACCUGGUACACAUGGAGGUGGAGCCUGCAGCUGGAGUGAGGCGCACACUUGGCUCUGCCUGCAGGUGGUUUGCUGAGCAGAGAGCUGAGGGACCCUCUUGACUGGGUAGGGGUUUUGUCCAUUUGUGGGGGAGGAUGUGGUGGGUGAAGGUGGACCUUCUACAAUCUGUCAUGGACUGUGAUAUUGUAAGGUCUAUAUUCUGUAUGUGGAUAACAGACCCAAUCAGGAAACGAGCCUUAUGUGUGUCGUUAACAUUUAUAUUUCCAUUCAAAAUAUGUAUUCAGUGUUUAUUUCCUCAAACAGACUUUGUUAAUUUAGGAAAUAUCUCCAAGUGGAAACGUGCUAACUUUCUGUAAAUCUUAAAUAAAAGGUGCUGUUCCUUCCUCUGACCCAGGA